AUGGCUGCCAAUCGUCUCGAAAACCUGCUCAACUGGGCUAAGAAGCACGAUGUUCAAAUUCCUGAGGGUUUAAGAUAUUACAGCGAUGAGCUUAUGGGGCUUAGUUGCGUUGCUGAGAAAGAUAUUCUUUCUGCCCAGUUCAGCAUUCCAUCCAGCAUUAUAAUCACAGGAGAACUUGCUAGAAAACAUUUCGGUGCAAAAACCUCCUUAAAUACCUGGCUAAAGUUCUUACUUGCAAAAAUGAAGUUUGGCGAAGAAGCAAUUAUAGUAGAUGGCGAAGAUAUCAAGGAAAAGUUUGCGCCCUACCUAGAUUGUCUUCCUGAUUCCAUUGAUACGCCAAUAGUUUGGAACCCAAGUGAACUGCAAUUAUUAAAGAGCACAAAUCUCGGUUCCUCCCUUAGAGAUAAGCUAUAUCUCAUUUUCAAAGAAUGGAAACAUGUUGCGCUGGCAUUGGAUAUAUGUAACGAGCUUAUUAGUGAUGAGAUAUCUAUUUGCGAUCAUUUUAUGGAGCUUUCUGAUGAAGAAGUCUAUGAAAAAAUUACUUCCCAAGUGUUUGGUAAUGAUCAAUUUCCGUGGUUCAGUUUCAGAGCCUUUUUGUGGGCGCAUUUGAUUUUUCUAUCAAGAGCUUUUCCUGAAUAUGUUCUUAAUCCCAGUACUGAUACCAGCAAAAUAAUGCUUUUGCCUGUUAUUGACCUACUUAACCACAACUAUAAUGCAAAAGUAGAAUGGUUGCGGCUAGAUGACUCAUUUUGUGUACGGUGUCUGAUGCCGCUUUCCAAAGGUCAAGAAGUCUUAAACAACUACGGCGGCAAAGGAAAUGAAGAGUUACUAACUGGAUAUGGGUUUGUUAUGGAAAAUAAUGUUUUUGAUACUGUGGCACUGAGAAUAAAACUUCCUACAGAUACAAUUGCAAAUAUCUUGCAAAAUGAAGAUAUCGUGCUACCAACAUUAACAGAUUAUACGCGAUUUGCAUUCGAAGAUGGAAAAGAAACACAUAAAAGCUCAAAAGAUGUUACUGACUUUGAAGAUGGCGUAUUAUAUUUGAUAAGCAAAGAAAACGACAUAUCUUUGAGUCAAUUACUUGAUCUUUUUGCUUUUGUUGAGAAGAACUCAAAUGAAAGUCGCACAAGCUUGAGGGCGCAACUCCAGGGUCUACAGAAAUUGAGACUUGCUUUGGAAUAUAAGCUUGAUACUAUUAGUGUUGGUCCGGAAACAUCUAGCAAUUCUUAUCCUAUUAAACCAUACCGGAAGUUCUGUGCGGACGUCUAUCGAAAAAGUCAGCGCCACAUACUCAAACACAACAUCAACAGUCUUAAACGUAUUGAAAAGGAAUGGACAUCAACUCACAAGUCGCGUCUGGUGACCGUAAAAAAAAUCCUGAAGGCAGAUUCGACUUUUUUCGAAGAGGAUGUUCCAAAUCUUUUUGGAGGGAAUCUCGACGUCACUUUUACUUCUUACAACCAUAUUCUUAUGCUUUGGAUAAUAUGGAGAAGUAAAAAUUCGACCUGCUCGCAGCUUCCAAGGCGUUAUAAUUGGGUUUUCGAGGCAUUCAAGCUAUUUAAUGAUCAAUAUCACAGCGACAUCUUAAUCACACCUGAAACCAGAGAUCUAUACAAAUCCUUAUUUCCUAAUGGCUCGGAAAAAAUAUGCAUUGACGAGGUGGCCAUCGCUUCGUCAUUCAUAUCAUCCAAUUCUUACACUAGAAUAUCCAAUGACGAGAGUAUUCUUGUUCAAACUUGA